UUGAUGUUAAAUUAUUUAUUAUUAAGAACUUCACUAUUUGGACACUUAUAAAAUAGUGCCAAAAAGUUGACUUUAAUUUUAGUGAGACACGUCGGCGAGUGUACCAUACGUCGUGCCACUGUUGCGGUCAAGUCGGCAAUGAACGGGUAAGGCGCGACUGAGCGCGCCAAAAGGAGUGAGUGAGUCGCGAGCGGUGUGGGGUCGGCCUGACGCCGCGCUGAAGCGGACGGCGCCAAGUGACGUAAGCGUGUCUACUGUGGCGCGCGAUACAACGCACUGAAAAGCGUGCGGUGCCACCGAUACAUGUAUCUACUGCUUCAUAUCUGCACUUUCACAGGUUAUCACUGUUUCCUCAAAAUACUAUGACGGUGCAGCACGGCCCUUGGCGUUGAAAAGCCGACAUCACACGUCUAGCCUUCAAGACACGUGACUCACGACCACAACGUCCAGACGCGAGCUAUUCUACAAUACAAUGCAUGCUCUACACGCUGACUUACUUUUCUUGAGAGGAACUGUUGAACUCUCCAUCACUGAUAGUGUACACCGUGGGCUUAGAUGAACGCACCAUUUUUCUUUCUAAGAAUGAUCCUUUUAUGCAGAAAUGCAAUUGCAGACUAUUGACUAGUAUUUACUGAUUGCACCGUCAAGUAUCGAACUGAUUAUGACUUCAAGUGCAGUACUGACAGCAGCGGCAAUACUUUUAUAAAACUAAUGCUCCUUUUCCUCCAAUAAACUAUGCAUACUAAGUCAUAGUCGACAAACUAGGUAAUUAAGUUUAUGUCAUUAUCGUGGAUUUCCCGAGGCGCAGUUCUCUAUAAGACAGUCAGUGGUAAGCAUCAAAUGAAAUAUAUCGUAUUGUUCUCGCUACUUAAACUAAUUCUUCACAAUUGGUUAUUGGUCCCCAGUUACAGUCGUCAGUGUUUUAGGGUUACCAUCACUGCAGUCUGGUAGUGACAUGUUCUGCAGAAGACAAGAAGGAUUUUCAAGUAAAAAGAGUAAAGUGAAAUCCGCUCACGUUCAUCAAAUGGAACCGCUGUAAAUUCUAAAAAGAGGGGGCCGCGUGAUGGCAGACAACGCGAGCAAUCAGAAGAUGGGACCGCCUAAGAAACUACCGCGGCGACGGCUGCGGCCGAGGAAGGAGGCGGUGUUUCUCGUGCCUGGGCCUCCAGCUCCCAAAAAAAGGUCAAGAUGAAGUCUAGCCCACGCGGUGAGUAUAAUUAUAAAAUUCAUUAAAUUUUCUGUCUAUCAAAAAUCGGAUAAGUAUUCGUGUAAAAGUGAAAGUGAAUUUAAAGAAAUAUCGGUAAUUUCUAAGCAAAUUGGUAAGUACCCACUUAUUUUCAUAUUCAAUAGGAACUAAACAAUAAUUAGGAGACUUCAUUGUGAAGUGAACUCACUAAUCGCAUCGGCUUCUAUUUUUCGAGGAUUUAAGUCAAUAAUGAGGAGUACACAAUGAAGGAGAUGGUAGGAGGCUGCUGUGUGUGCUCAGACGAGCGCGGUUGGCCCGACAACCCGCUUGUCUACUGUGACGGGAAUGGCUGCACUGUAGCUGUCCAUCAAGCAUGUUACGGUAUAGUGACGGUUCCAACUGGCCCUUGGUAUUGCCGGAAGUGUGAAAGUCCUGAUACUAAAACCAAAGUUCGAUGUGAACUAUGUCCAUCCAAGUCAGGUGCUUUGAAGCGUUCGGAUACAGGAGGAUGGGCGCACGUGGUCUGCGCCCUCUACAUACCAGAGGUCAGAUUUGGAAAUGUCACUUCUAUGGAGCCUAUAGUCCUGCGUCUCAUACCACCAGAGAGAUACAACAAAACCUGCUAUAUUUGCCAAGACCUCGGAAAGAAUCAUCGAGCCAAUGCUGGAGCGUGCAUGCAAUGCAACAAAUCAGGUUGCAAGCAACAAUUUCACGUGACAUGCGCGCAAGGGCUAGGCUUGCUCUGCGAAGAGGCUGGCAACUACCUGGACAACGUAAAAUACUGCGGUUACUGCCAACACCAUUACAGUAAACUGUUCACCAAUCAUGAUGUCACCAUCAUCGCCAAGAAAAAAGGCGGUAACGUAAAGACGAUCCCGCCGUACAAGCCGGUGUCGCACGACAGUCAGUCGAGCGACUCGAGCUGCGAGAAGGAGGGCGAAGCCUCGUGCUCGAACGCUAGCGGAGGCGUCACGCCCACGCACGCCGGCAAGUCCAAAGGGCCGGGUCGCAAGUCAUCAUCCAGCACGAGCCACGUUGUGCUAGGCAAGAACACGCCGAAUUCUUCUAAGCCUCUGGACUUAAUGUUAAAUGAAGCCGCUGCGGAAUCCGGACAUGCCACUCGCAAACACAAGUCUUCAGAAAAAAAUAAGAAGAAGCCGUCUCCUUCUCGCCGCGGGUCGUCGGCCGGUGACGGUGGGUCCGGCAGCAAGAGCAGCACGCCGGCACCCUCGCCGCAACACACAACUGACUCCAACUCCGCUCAGAUGGCUAAAGCGUCCGGUAGCUCAACGCCCGCCGGUCCAUCGAAGGCAACCCCGCCGCCUGUGGCCUCGCCCAGCGCUAACAAGACAGUGGAACCCGUCGGAGUCAUCAGUUCCGUUGCACAAGCCGUGGCUUCUGUCUCAACCAUCACAACCGUUCCUACUAGUGCCCCGAGCGCGCCAGCUACACCAGCCCCUGCGCCGCCCACCGCUUACCAAGAGUCUGUGAUCACGAACACCGAGUUUGUGGAGACCAAACAAACUAAGAAGAGGAAGGCUGUGUCAGCAGCUAACAACAUGAACACGCCCGUCGAUUACACAUCCACCACUCCACCGACUGGGGCGGGUGAGGGCACUUCACAGAGCAGUGCCGCUUGGGAGGCUGCUCACGCACCGGCUGACGUACAGCUGGAUUCCGUUGACAAAGUUAUUAAAAAGGUCAAAACUGAAGGUCCAGAAGGUAUACCUGUACCGACCUCGCACUUUGCUAGUGUGAGCGCCGCGCCGCCGCUGCCGCCGCCACCGCCCGCUCACAGCCCAGCUUCGAACCCUAGUCCAAGACAUCUGCCUAGUCCGAUGCCGGGGCCAAGCGGAAUAAACCAUGUCUCCAAUAUUCGAUCUCCGUCGAACCCACCACAGGGCAAAGGCGAUCGCGAGGGGCCCGCAUCGCUUCUCGUGUCGGUGCCGUUGCCUUCCACCAGCCACGGACUCAACCUCACCGCGCAUUCACAGGUGCCGCUGCCAGAAAUGCCCGGGCCGUCGUCAUCGCAUAUAUUCCACCAGCCACAGAAACAAGUAAGUCUGUUCAUUCAAUUUACUAUCCCUUAUUCAUUAUUCGGUCCUGUCUAGAAAAGCAAUAAACACACUCCAUUACAUAUAGAUCCUUGUCCUUUUGCACAUAAUGUCUAAAUUCCGGUGAAAGUACUAUUGUAAUGAAACUUGUAUUGAGCAGGACAUCUUUGUUAAGACUUAAGUAUGUACUUGUCGCAAAUUGCAGCAAUGAGAGGGUUCAGCGUAGCAAGAAUGAGUUGUUCCUUUUUAAACAAUUUCCUUUUGUUGUUACUGACCACAAAUAUGUCAUGUCAUGUGCAACCAAUUACGAUUGUCUUUUCACGGUAAUAAUCUUGCCUUAUACGUUUAGUUGUUCUUGACGACGAUAUUUACUUCUAUGGAGAAAAAAAAACUAUUACGGUCACUUUUUGUCAAAUAUGUUGAAUUCAAAUAAUAAAAUACUGUUUUUGAUUUUGUACAAGUUUCUUAAAAUAACACGUGAAUUGGUCAUGGGUAUUCCAUUAAAUUACAAUAGCAUGUAACUCGCCUCGGGACUUGACUUUCUCAUAGACUGGGGUGUAAAUAAAAAACGUAAACAGCUAUUCUUACAAUAGACCUGUCUUAACAAUGUACACAACAGGCUAGUUGCCGGAGGGCUGGCUUAUGUUUCUUAAACUGCAGCUUAGACACGAUUAUUACCGUUCAUACGAAUCAUACUACAGAAAUACAAGUAUUUUUGCUUAAAGCCAUAAUCAUAAAAGAAGUAACGAUUCAUUGCAGACAUAAUCCUGCACUUAACCGGUAAAAUAAUAAAACUAUUUAUUGAAAAC